AUGUCGCCGGUGACAAUUAUCGACUCAAACUAUGUCAGUGUGCCGGAGACGGCCGCGCCACCGCCGGAGCCGAUCAAGCUCACAGCGUUGGAGGCGCGGUGGGUCGUCUUCCCGGUGUUGCAGCACGUGCUGCUCUACGUGGGCGCCGACAUGCCGCCCUUUGACGCCGUUCUCCAGUCCCUCCUGUCCUCCCUCUCCGCGACUCUAGGCAGCUUUGCACCGCUCGCCGGCAAGCUCGUCUACCUCGAGGAAACGGGGGACGUCGCCGUCAGCUGCUCCGCCUCCGACGGCGUCAGGUUCGUCGUCGCGGAGUCCGACGCCGACAUCCGCCACCUCGCCGGCGACGAGGAGCACGACCUGCAUUUGCUUGAGCGGCUCGUGCCGGUGGUGGACAUGGGCGUGCUGCCGACCCCCGUUCUGGCCGUGCAGGCCACGCGCUUCGAGGGCGGUGUGGCGGUCGGGCUGACGGUGCACCAUGCGGUCGUCGACGGGCGGUCGCUGUGGACGUUCGUCAAGGCGUGGGCGACGGCGUGUCGGGGCGAGACACCGGCUGAGACACCGUGCUUCGACCGCUCGCUCGUCAAACUUCCCGGUGGUGAAGAUCUGGCCAGGAACGUCUUGAGAAAGUUCGCGCCGAAUCUACCGGUGACGGCACCGCCGGCGUGGUUCGAAGAGGAACGCACACGGUUCACCCGACGUACGUUCACCUUGGAUGAACGGGACAUCCAACGCCUCAAGCAGCACAUCGUCCGUCUCGGCGCGUCGCCCCUGCUUCGCCCCCCGUCCACCUUCGCCGCUGUCGCCGCGCUGGCAUGGACUUGCUUCAUCCGGUGCAAGCCGUUCGCCUCGGACGACGACGUGCUGCUCUUCUUCUUCACCGACGUCCGCGACCGCCUCGACCCUCCCGUCGAGGCGGGGUACAUGGGCGUGUGCCUCUGGCCGUGUUUCGUGAACCUCCCCGCACGAGAGCUCCGCGGCGAGUUCGCCCUCGCGGCUGCAGCAUCGGCAGUCCGGGAGGAGGUCCGCAAGAUGAGAGAAGUCCCACUGGCAACGUGGGGUUUUCUGACUUCCUGGUGGGCGGGCCGCCCUACGGACUGCCUGAUGAACAUGUCAGGCUCGCCGCGCUUCAGGGCAUACGAGGACGCGGACUUCAGAUGGGGGAAGCCGAGGCGGACGGAGCCGAUCAGGAUGAACCAUGACGGUCAGAUCGCGCUGAUGGGUGCCGGAGACGGCCACGGGGUGCAGGCGUCCGUGUCACUGCUGCAACCGGCGCAAAUGGACUUGUUCAAGUCUCACUUCCUCGAGCUACUUAGUUAA